AUGCAGACGCUCCUCUUUUUCCCGCAUUCGAAAGAUCACCGCCCAGGUGGCCCUUUUGCCCCCGACUUGACUGCAUGGAGCACAAUGCGGUCGAGUCUUUCAGCACGAUGCUGGCAAACCCUGCGUGCUCCCCGGCCACGAUUUUACUCGGGCCAGCUGCCGCCAUGGCGGCCCGUUUCUGCUUUGGAUGAAUGGGCUGAGCGAGAAAUUCGCCCUAUAAGUCUUCGACAAUUGACGUUCUUCGGUCGUACUUUGACUGAGCCGCGACUGAUCAGCUCGGCGAACUACGUGCGGACGGAACUGCCCACUCGUCUCGCGCACCGUCUACGAGAUAUUCAACAAUUGCCCUAUGUUGUCGUCGCCAACCCACAUCUGUCUCUCGUGUAUGAAUUGUACUACAAAGCUUUCGAGCGAUUCCGUGUCAUCCCCGAGAUCUGCAGCCUGGAAGAUAAUGAUCGAUUUUGCGAUGUCCUGCGCGAGAUGCUCAAAGAGCAUCUUGUCGUGAUCCCCAAUUUGGCAAUCGGUGUGUUGGAGUGCCGUGACUUGUUUCCACCGGACGAGAUGGACCGGCUAAUGAACACACUCCUGCGAGCGCGUAUCUCCCGUCGUGUCAUUGCAGAGCAGCAUCUGGCUCUUACAGACACUUUCAACGAACCCUGGCAUUUCCCCGACUCUCACGAGAGAACCGACAUGAACGCAGACUUUGUGGGUGAGGUUUUCUUAAAGUGUAAAGCCAAAGAGGUUGUCGAAAGAUGCGGAAGAGUGGCACAUGAUUUGAUGCGAAAGAUGUCGCCGUCAAUGCAGCUCCCCGAAAUUAAGGUGCAGGGCCACGUCGAUGCCACAUUCCCAUACAUCCUCAGCCACCUCGAGUACAUUGUAGGUGAACUGCUGCGCAACUCCGUCCAGGCUGUGACGGAGAAGUACCACGACUCCUCGUCCCAGCCUCCACCCAUCGAGGUGCUCGUGUGCGAGACACCCCAGCACGUCAUCAUGCGUAUCUCCGAUCAGGGCGGCGGGAUUCCUCGAGAGAUCUUGCCGUAUCUAUGGUCAUUCAGCAAGGGUCCACGGACACAGCUGCGGCUGCAGAACCUGGAAAAGGUGCCCGCAAUGGCUGCGACCAUGCAGGAGCUCAGAGUGUCCGAGCGCAAACCGCAUCGGGACCCCAGCUACCAUGAAGGAUCCCUCGAUAGUUUGACGUCGCGACCUCCUAAUCUGCGACUAGGCAUGGGGCUUCCAAUGAGUCGCGUGUAUGCGGAAUACUGGGCGGGCAGCUUGGAGCUGCAUAGCCUGGAAGGCUACGGGGUUGAUGCUUUUCUGCAAAUCUCGAAACUUGGCAAUAAGAAUGAACAGGUGACGACACGGGCAGCUAUUGAUGCUGUUUGA